UUGAAAUCGGUUAUCAGCAUUUUGGGUGAGUGAGAAAAAUUGCUUUGGUCACGUAUUUGCGACGUGCGUGAUGCCUCAGCUUUGUGUGAAACGCUGAAAAAGUUGCAACCAGAAGACAAUAAUCAUAGUGAGACGGUAAUAUAUGGGUGGUGGUAGGUAUUUUCAAGAAGUGGUUGCUAGUCUUUCUUCCACGAAAGACACUGAAGGAGAUAGGAACUCUGAGGGAACGAGAACUGCGGGCAGUGUUAGGAACCACGUUCAAACCUUAAUGGAGGAACAAACACCAAACGAAGAAGACGCAAACGUCGUUACUUUGUUACCAGCAGUUGCUAUGGAAACAUUGAGUGACCCGAAACUUCAAACAGUUUCCAAAAUGUCUGAAGAACGUUCUACUGGAGACCCCCAUAGUACGGUUCAGCCUGCCGCAGAGGAAAGAAGCAAGUUGCUUCCUAAGAAGAGAAGUAGAAGACCACCGGUGCCACUUGGACAGGUUAAGUACCCAACAAGGGAAGUUUUGAAGUACGAAGUAGUUGUUGUGGGAAUUAGAGGCACUAUUUGCAAGCAGGAUGUGGACCAACAUUCGAAUAACGAGGUCUUGUUUGAGGAUGUAAGACUAGCUUGGAGUGCAUGGAAAGCAGUUGGUGUGCAAGUUGCCCUUGUCACUAACAGUAUAUCUUUUGUGCAAGCAAAGAAUAUCUUGGGAGAGGAGUUAUUCUCUUACAUAGUACAAUAUUUCGACGAAGAGACGAUUGGUCCUUUGGAUCUCCCUGAUACAUAUAUUGCAAUGGCGAAAAAGUUACAAACGUCGCCUAACAAGAUUUUAUUCGCUGGUAGCGUUUAUGAACAUGUGGCUGCUGCAUCGGAAGCUGGUUUGCAAGUUGCUAUAGUUGUUCGGUACGACAAUCCACCUCUUCCACGAGAUGUUCGUUACAAGAUGUGUACAAAGCUGACACACUUAAUACCAGCUUCUUUGCUCAUAGACAAGACUGGUUAUGUGUCUUCAGAGGGAAGUACAACUUCUUGCUAAUAAAGGUAACCUUCUUUAUCAAAUCUUAUGAAAUUUCC